AUGCAUGUGUCGACAUAUCCCAUGAUGCACUCUGCCAGUCCAGGCCUGCUCCUCCUUAGCUUCCUCUUCCUGGCUGAUGCUGACUCACCUCCCAGAUUCACGCGAACCCCGGAAGACCAAACAGGAGUCCAGGGGGGAGUGGCUUCCUUUGUGUGCCAGGCCACAGGGGAUCCGCAGCCCAAGAUUGUCUGGAACAAAAAAGGCAAAAAAGUCAGCAACCAGAGAUUUGAGGUAAUAGAGUUUGACGAUGGCUCCGGCUCUGUCCUGAGGAUCCAGCCACUGAGGACCCCCAGAGAUGAGGCUAUUUACGAAUGUCACGCCUCCAACUCGGCAGGAGAACUCAUUGCUUCCACCAAACUGAGUGUGCUACGAGAGGACCAGCUGCCCUCGGGGUUCCCCACCAUAGACAUGGGUCCCCAGCUGAAAGUGGUGGAGCGUUCUCGGACGGCCACCAUGCUCUGUGCCGCUAGCGGUAAUCCUGACCCAGAAAUUACCUGGUUCAAGGAUUUCCUGCCGGUCAACACGUCCAAUAACAAUGGACGAAUCAAACAGCUGCGCUCAGGUGCCCUCCAGAUAGAGAUGAGCGAGGAGUCAGACCAGGGGAAGUAUGAGUGUGUUGCCACCAACAGCGACGGCACACGCUAUUCCACCCCAGCUAACCUCUAUGUCAGAGUGCGUCGCGUCCCCCCUCGCUUCUCAAUCCUGCCGGCAGACAGCGAGAUCAUGCCGGGGGGGAACAUCAACAUCACCUGCGUGGCAGUGGGCUCCCCCAUGCCCUACGUGAAGUGGAUGCUGGGAGCCGAAGACCUGACUCCCGAGGACGACAUGCCCAUCGGCCGCAACGUUCUGGAGCUGACGGACAUACGCCAGUCCAACAACUACACGUGUGUCGCCAUGUCGACGCUUGGCGUUAUUGAGGUGGUGGCGCAGAUUACUGUGAAAGCUCUGCCGAAGGCUCCUGGCAUCGCUGUGGUGACGGAGAGAACUGCAACCAGCAUCACACUCACCUGGGAUUCUGGCAACGCUGAGCCCGUCUCCUACUACAUUAUACAGCACCGUGCCAAAGGCUCGGAGGACCCCUACAAAGAGAUUGAUGGCAUCGCCACGACACGCUACAGCGUGGGCGGCCUCAGCCCUUACUCCCACUAUGACUUCCGUGUGGCAGCCGUUAACACCAUAGGCCAAGGCCCCUCCAGCGAUGCAGUGGAGGCUCGCACGGCCGAGCAGGCCCCCUCCUCGCCCCCCCGUCAGGUCCGGGGUCGUAUGCUGAGCACAACCACAGCAAUCAUCCACUGGGACGAACCAGAGGAACCUAACGGACAGGUGGUCGGUUACCGAGUGUACUACACCUCGGACAACACGCUGUCAGUCAACCAGUGGGAGAAACAGAUGGUGCGCAGCGCCAACUUCAUCACCAUCCAGGGUUUGACCCCCAACAAGACGUAUUACAUCAGAGUGCUGGCCUUCACCUCCGUGGGAGACGGACCCCUCUCCCAGGAUCUGCAGAUUAUAGCCAAGACUGGAGUUCCAUCCCAACCUUCAGAAUUUAAGGGUGAGGCCAAGUCUGAGACCAGUAUUCUGUUGUCCUGGGUGGCCCCGCCCCAAGGUGGCCCUGACAACCAGAUCACAGGGUACGAACUGGUCUACAGACGAGCCGAUGACUCAGAGGAGAAGAAAAUGAGCUUUGAGCCGACCACCUCCCACCUGCUGAAGAACCUGAAGCCUUUCUCCACCUACACCUUCCAGCUGGCCGCCAAAAGCAAGCACGGGAUCGGGGCGUAUACCAACGAAGUGUCAAUGGACACGCCACAGACGCUUCCAUCGGCACCUCCCCAGGACAUCACGUGCACCACUCCCAGUUCUACCAGCAUCCUGGUAAGUUGGGCCCCGCCUCCCCUGGAGUUUCAGAACGGCAUAAUUACCGGAUACGCCAUCCAGCACUCGACCACGGAGGGCAACAAAACGUCCAAAAGGGUUGACGGUAUCCCUCCGGAAAGUUCCCCCUAUCUCCUGGACAACCUGGAGAAAUGGACUGAGUACGGCGUAACGAUACGAGCACAGACGGAAGCCGGGGACGGACCGGAAAGUUUACAGCUGCUUAUCCGCACCGAGGAGGAUGUUCCAAGUGGUCCUCCACGAGGGGUUGAGGGAGAGACUGUGAACGCCUCGGCCAUUAGGGUGAAAUGGCGAGCACCGGCCCCCGAGCGGCAGCACGGUCAGAUCAGAGGCUACCAAGUCCACUUUGUGAGGAUGAACUACGGCGAGCCUCAGGGACAGCCCUUCAUCAAGGACAUCCUCAUGGAGGACUCGCAGUGGGAAUACGAUGACUCAACUGAAUAUAGCGUCGCUCUUGGAGACCUGCAGGCAGACACUGGCUACUCAGUAUCAGUCGGGGCUUACACUGCCAAAGGCGAUGGUGCUCGCAGCAAACCUGUUACAGUCUGCACUGCCAUGCCACUGCCUGAGAAGCCCAAACUGUUGGUGAGUGCCACUAAUUCAGGUACCGCUCUCCUUCAGUGGCACCCUCCCCCAAACCCGCCCACCCCGCUCCUCGGGUACCGCCUCACCUUUGGCCGCAUAGACGUCCUCCCCUUCACGGUGGUGGAGUUUCCCACCAAGGAGAACCGCUACACAGCCCAAGACAUCCACAAGGGAGCAAACUAUGUGUUCAAACUUUCUGUCCGAAACAAAAUGGGCUACGGGGAGGAGGCGGAAAAAGAGGUGACCACCCCAGAGGACGCCCCAAGUGGAUACCCAGAAGAUAUAAACUUUGAUGAGGCCUUUGCCACCUCUCUCAGACUGACAUGGAAAUCAGUCCCUCUUAUCGAGCAAAACGGGAAAAUCACGCAGUACUCGGUGCUGUAUAAAGAUAUAAACAGUCGAGGGAACGCCUCUGAAGUUAUGGUGACCGCUCCAGGGUCGAGUGUGUUGUUGGAGGCUCUGAGUGCCGAUACUGUGUAUGAUGUCAGGGCGUGCGCGUUCACAGCUGUCGGCCCUGGGCCGUACAGCCCUGGUGUCCAGUUUAGGACGCAGCGGCUGGACCAAGUUUUUGCAACCAACUUCAGAGUAAAAGCAGCCAUGAAGAACUCCGUCCUUCUCUCCUGGGAGAUCCGAGACAAGAACCCUGCACAGCCCUUCACUAUCCUGUACGGAAAGGGCCAGUCGGUUGAAGUGGAUGGAAAACAGACUCAGAAGCUGAUCACUGGCCUGGAGCCCAACACUCUGUACUCCUUUCUGCUCACCAACCGGGCCAACAGCGCCGGGGGGCUGCAGCACCGCGUCACCGCCACCACGGCCCCCGACAUCCUCAAGACCAAGCCCACCGUGGUGGGGAAAACCAACGCAGACGGCAUGGUGACUGUGCAGCUCCCCACCGUGCAGACCACGGCUAAAGUCAGGGGUUAUUAUGUGGUGGUGUUGCCUCUGAAGAAGCAGAGAGGGAAGUUCCUGAAUCCCUGGGAGGAGCCUGAUCAGAUGAACAUGGAUGAGCUCCUAAAGGAGAUCAACAGGACGAGUAUCAGUCACGCCCUUCGCAUCCGCAGACAGGCGGGCCAAUCAGAACCCAGGGCCUAUGUCACUGCCAACUUUAAGACCCUCCCCCUGGAGUUCACACUGGGUGAUGGACGAAACUAUGGUGACUUCCGCAACCGCCCACUGCAGAACGGACAGGAGUAUGUGUUCUUUGUGCUCGCACUGCUCGACCUCUCCGAGAAUACCAUGUUUGCCACUAGCCCUUAUUCUGACCCCGUCACCUCACUGGAUGUGGACCCAAAGCCGAUAGUUGAUGAAGAGGAGGGGCUGCUGUGGGUGGUGGGGCCUGUGCUGGCUGUCAUCUUCAUCGUCUGCAUUGUCAUCGCCAUUCUCCUCUUCAAGAGCCAACCUGACAGGAAACGAGCCGAGGCUGAAGGCAGGAAGGGAAGUUUCCCCUGCAGCAAAGCCAUGUCGUCUCACCACCCCACUGAUCCUGUGGAGCUCCGCAGGAUCAACUUCCAGACUCCAGGCAUGGCAAGUCACCCGCCCGUCCCCAUCUCGGAGAUGGCAGAUCACAUUGAGCGCCUCAAGGCAAACGACAAUCUCAAGUUCUCUCAAGAGUACGAGUCCGUCGACCCUGGUCAGCAGUUCACAUGGGAGAACUCCAACCUGGAGGUCAACAAACCAAAGAACCGCUAUGCUAACGUGAUCGCCUAUGACCACUCCAGGGUUAUACUCUCCGGCAUAGAUGGUGUCCCGGGCAGUGACUACAUCAACGCUAACUAUAUCGAUGGCUACCGCCGUCAGAAUGCCUAUGUCGCAACUCAGGGCUCCCUCCCUGAGACCUUUGGGGACUUCUGGAGAAUGAUCUGGGAGCAGCACACAGCCAACAUUAUCAUGAUGACCAAGCUGGAGGAGAAGUCAAGGGUGAAGUGCGAUCAGUACUGGCCGACCCGGGGCACAGAGACCUACGGCCUGAUUCAGGUCACUCUGCUGGACACAGUGGAGCUGGCUACCUACUCUGUCAGGACCUUCGCUCUUUACAAGAGCGGCUCCAAUGAGAAGCGUGAGGUUCGUCACUUCCAGUUCACAGCCUGGCCGGACCACGGGGUGCCCGAGCAUCCCACACCCUUCCUGGCCUUCCUCCGGAGGGUUAAGGCCUGCAACCCUCCAGAUGCAGGACCCAUGGUCGUCCAUUGCAGCGCUGGAGUGGGUCGCACAGGCUGCUUCAUCGUGAUCGAGGCCAUGGCCGAGCGUAUCAAGCACGAGAAGGCCAUCGACAUCUAUGGUCACGUCACGCUGAUGCGCUCCCAGAGGAACUACAUGGUGCAAACGGAGGAUCAGUACAUCUUCAUCCACGAUGCACUGCUGGAGGCGGUGACCUGCGGGAACACCGAGGUCCCCGCCAGGAACCUGUACUCCUACAUCCAGAGGCUGACACAGAUUGAACCGGGAGAGAAUGUCACCGGCAUGGAGCUGGAGUUCAAGCGUCUGGCCAGUGCCAAGGCCCACACGUCACGGUUCGUCAGUGCCAACCUGCCAUGCAACAAGUUCAAGAACCGGCUGGUGAACAUCAUGCCCUAUGAGACCACGCGUGUGUGUCUGCAGCCAAUCAGAGGAGUGGAGGGCUCCGACUACAUCAACGCCAGCUUCAUCGAUGGAUACAGGCAGCAGAGGGCCUAUAUAGCCACCCAAGGGCCCCUGGCUGAGACCACAGAGGACUACUGGAGGAUGCUGUGGGAACACAACUCCACCAUUGUUGUUAUGUUAACCAAACUGAGAGAAAUGGGACGGGAGAAGUGUCACCAGUACUGGCCCGCUGAGCGCUCGGCCAGGUACCAGUACUUUGUGGUGGAUCCCAUGGCUGAGUACAACAUGCCCCAGUACAUCCUCCGAGAGUUCAAAGUGACCGAUGCCAGGGAUGGCCAAUCACGGACGGUUCGUCAGUUCCAGUUCACUGAUUGGCCGGAGCAAGGAGUGCCAAAGUCAGGGGAGGGAUUCAUUGAUUUCAUUGGCCAGGUGCAUAAAACGAAAGAGCAGUUCGGCCAGGACGGGCCGAUUUCGGUGCACUGCAGCGCUGGAGUGGGACGGACUGGUGUGUUCAUCACCCUCAGCAUCGUGCUGGAGAGGAUGAGGUACGAGGGCGUGGUGGACAUUUUCCAGACGGUCAAGAUGCUGCGCACCCAGAGACCAGCCACCGUUCAGACAGAGGACCAGUACCAGUUCUGUUACCGGGCCAGUCUGGAGUACCUGGGAAGCUUCGAUCACUAUGCAACAUAA